UCACGCUCCGCUUGCGUGCUGAUUCCGGGUCAGAGGUCGGGCGUAGCUUGGGUCAUGGUGCAGCUCAGGCCGCGCGCGUCCCGCGCCCCGGUGUCGGCGUCGGCGAUGGUGGACGAGGGCCAGCCCACCUCGGAGGAGGAGGCGGAGCACGGCCUGUUGCUCGGGCAGCCGAGCAGCGGCGCGGCUGCCGAGCCGCUGGAGGAAGACGAGGAAGGGGACGAUGAGCUUGACGACGAGGCCCCGGAGGAGCUGACUUUCGCCAGCGCCCAGGCGGAAGCGAAAGAAGAGGAGCGGCGAGUUCGCGAGACCGUGCGCAGGGAUAAAACGCUUCUGAAGGAGAAGAGGAAGCGACGCGAGGAGUUGUUCAUCGAACAGAAGAAAAGAAAACUUCUUCCAGAUACUAUUCUAGAGAAGUUAACUACAGCUUCACAAACUAGUGUGAAGAAAUCACCGGCAAAGUUGAAAGAAGUUAAUUUGCAAAAGAAAAAUGAAGAAUGUGAGAAAGGAAGUGACUCUAAGAAAGCUAAAGAAAAAGUGCAAAAAGUACAGACUGUUGGCCAGAAUAAAAGCUACUUGGCUGUAAGGCUAAAAGACCAAGAUUUGAGAGAUUCAAGGCAAGAAGCAGCCAAAGCCUUCAUACAAAAUUGUUUAUAUGGUCCUGGAACCAACAGAACUACUGUGAACAAGUUCCUGUCUCUUGACAGCAAGAGGUUACCGGUGAAAAAGGCCGCAGCCCAGUUUUUGAAUAAUGCUUGGGGAUCCCAGAAAAAACAAAAUGCCAAGAGGUUUAGAAGACGUUGGAUGGUCAGAAAGAUGAAAACUUCUAAGAAGUAAAUCAAAGCUAAAUGAAGAAUGAGUACUUUGUCAAUUGACGUUACCAAAGAAAACGGCACCAGGUUUUCGGUACAAGUUUCACUGAUGGAUUCUUCCCCUUCUGGGAACAGGACCCAACAGAGGCUGCCGAAUCCUUUCCACGGCAUGUUGGUGAAUGUCAUUUGGGUUGGUAAGGGAGCAGGUGGUGAGGGUGACCAUGAGAGACCACUGAGCCAAACGACCCUAUAAUCUGAGGAGUUAAUUUACAAUUGAUAGGAUAAACAUUUGUAAAAAUCACCAUUAAAUGAAAGUUUUCAGGGUCCUACAUACCAGACAUGUCAGACAGCUGUAGUACAAAUGUUAACCAUCAUCAAAAUUCAUUCUUUGCCAGAAAUGAGAAAUUGAACUAAUGAUAAAAGUGACCAAACCCAUAGAAGCUGAUAACUCCUCCUUGUGUGGAGGUGUCCAAAUUUUAAUUUUAUGCAGAUUCCCAGUUAGUAAAAUUACUAAUCAGUCCUUGUAGGCACAGCUGGCAACAGGGCAAGAACAGUGAUCCAGGGCUGGUUAAGGCUCCAUGUGGGUUGGUUCUGAGGCCGCACAUGGCGGUGGGAGAAAGAGAAGUUCCGGAAGGGAUGAGGCAGAAAUAAAGGGAGCAGGUUCCGGACUUAAAGGUGUAAGGGGAGGUGACACAGGAUGAAGAAUAUUAGAAUACAGAUACGCAAGAAAAGAUGCACACGCUGGUGAAAAGUGGUCUGUGGGUUAAGAUUAUUCAAGUACUAGCUGUUCUCUGGCAAGACGCUAUUCAGCUAAAUUCUGAUUGUGAUACAUUUUUUUGUCAACUCUAAGCAGGAAUGACUUUAUAAACUAACUCUGCCUCAACUAGAAUCAAGAACAAUUUAAUUUUUACACAAAAUCAACAUAACAGAAUAAACAAUGAAAAGGAAACCAUCCUUUCAAAAAUCUCUCUUGAAGGUUCACAGGGAAGUAACCUUGCUCAGAGGUAAGCACUUCAUUACAGUUUUAUUUUGGCCAAGGGAGGCACAUCUGUAAGCAUCUUUAAAUUUUUUUAGCAUAUGAAACUCACAGGAAUUACAUACAAUAUAACUUUAAGCACUAUUUAGAGAUGAAGCUAUAUAAUAUAGCACAGUAUUUAUAAAUAUGCACACAUACACCCACAGCAGUAAGUCUCAUUACUUUUGCAGGAAUUAUAUACAUUUAAUAUAGUUUAAGCACUGUUUACAGCUGAACUACAUAAUACAUGGCACAAUAUGUAAGAACACACACAUCCUGGAUAAUGGUCCUAAGCAAUUUACUACUGAAAAUUUUAAUUCCCCUGGAGAACCCAAGAUUUUUAACUGUCAUAAGAAAACUUUUCACUUUUCAAAAAUUCCUUCCAAGUCUGAGUGUUUACCUAGAUACAAAGCAAUUAGGGCUUCAUGAUUACCUAUAAUGUAGUCAUUUCAAAAAGACAAUUAUAGUAAACCAUUAUUUGCCCUACAAUCCCAGCACUGCUACUAAGUACACUUACUUUUACCAGUAAAGCUAAAAGAAUUUCGUAUAACCAAAGAAAAUACACAUUACCCAAAGAAAAUUCACAUUGAAUUUGUAUAAGAAAAGUAUUAACACAAAAAAACACUACUACUAUUCCAGAACUUCAGUAUUAGACCAUAACACCAUGAAUUAAUAAUGAAUUUCAGAAGGACAAAGCAGAUAAAGGCCCAAACAUGAAUACUUUUAAAUUGCUUCCUUUACAUUCCAGCCACAUGAGCCUUGGCCUUCACUCCAAGUCUCUCUGUGUGACACUGAUCCCAUCUAUCUAAGAUUGUUUCAGACAUAAACCUAACAGGGCCAAACAGCACAGAACAGACUUCUAAACUGGUAGUCCCCAUUUUUCUUGAGGAAUUACAUUCUAAAAAGGUGAAAAAUCGCUCUCAUCUAAACUACCUCUGAGAAAAAUUGCCCAGAUAUGAAAAGUUUUCUGUAAACGAUCAACCCUAUAGUUUAUAUAUAAACGCACAAAAUGUGCAGUUACCGAAUUCAUAUAAAAAGUAUUUGUUCAGGGGACUUCCCUGGUGGCUCAGUGGUUAAGAAUCCACCUGCCAAUGCAGGGGACACGGGUUCGAUCCCUGGUCCGGGAGGAUCCCACAUGCCACGGAGCAACUAAGCACAUGCGCCACAGCUACUGAGCCUGCGCUCUGGAGCCCGCGAGCCACAACUAUUGAAGCCUGUGCGCCUGGAGCCCGUGCUCCGCAACAAGAGAAGCCGCUGCAGUGAGAAGCCCGCGCACCACAACGAAGAGUAGCCCCCACUUGCCGCAACUAGAGAAAGCCCACAUGCAGCAAUGAAGACCCAACGCAGCCAUAAAUAAAUAAAGAUUAA